CAGCCACCUAUGAUAUAUGACGGGCGGAGGUAACCGUGUGAGGCCAAACGGUCCACCAUGGUGGCUGGCCAUUUAGUCUUCCGCGACAGUAACCUCCGUCAUAUCGCCGCAGCCGAUUCCACUAUCUUUUCAGUGACAGCUUCGUACCGAGACCUACUAACACCUGUCGUUCCUGGUCCACCCGGCCCUUGUAAGUGAGUCAGCGCACCGCCUCACCGCACAUUGCAUAAAGUUGAACCGCGUGCGCGCGGCACGAAAGCAGCAGUCCGCACUCCUCCCCGGACAACCGCCUACCCCCAUCGAUCUUGCGCAACUCUCCCUUCUCAAUCGGAAAUCGGUUUCAUGAUGGCUAGCAAGGACACCGCGAGCCCGCCGCAGUAUGAGGCCGUCGCAGGCCCCCAAGCCCAAGCCCCGGCUCUUGCGCCUGCGCCCAGCGCCCAGCCAGUGCAGGUCCCGCAGCCUGUGAACACGGAGGCACAGAUCGGGUUCAACUACCAGCUCGAGUUGAUGGCGAAGUGUGCGCGGGGCGAGCACCAGGUCACGAAGAAGUACGGCGUCAUCGGGAUUAUAUGCUCCGUCGCGCUCUUCCCUGUCGGCAUGCUCGCUCUUCUGUGCGACAACACGAAGAAGUGCGACCGGUGCGGGCUUAUCGUUGCGUGAGAGGCCUAGGGUUGUUGUCACUUUCUCUUGGCUUUGCUGUGGACAUUACUGGUGUAUGUGCUCCGCGCGGUGUGUAUCGCGACUGUACUAUUACCUUUUUGAACGCCGAGACAAUGGUGUUCGAGUUUGUUC